CCGUACGGCAUUAAUGCAUCCAAUUCUUCCUCUGAUUUAAUUUUUUUUGAGCGCAUGGCACACAUUACGUCCGCUGUGAAAUGUUUCCGAUGCACAAGGCUUCUGCUUUAAUGUGCUAAGGUCUCUUCCACUGCAGUGCCUCUGACCUCUAGUUAUUGCUACCAUUCUUCAUCCUCUGUAGAUCGUUCUAGAACAAUUAGCCUUAUUAGGCUACGGUGUUGCUGGGCUGUCUUUCCCAUUCAGGCAGCGUGUUUUUUUCCCUCCCUGUUUUGACGACAGUGUAGCCCUACUUCAGCUGUAACAGUGGGGGCUGGUGACGCCACCGGGGUGGCAGUCUGUCACACGCUCGCUAGACGGUGCCCUUUAGUGCUCUUUCUGAAUGCGUCUCGAACCACCAGGGACGCUUUCUCGCUCAGAACCGCAGGUGAAUCGCCGGCACCUUUAGACAAGAAUACGGCUCCAGUACCCUCUGAUUUUGGUCCCUGAAUCUUAGGUGUUACUGAAAUUGAUGGUCUUUCAGAUGGUUUUCUGAAUUGAACGGUGUAUGUAGUAAUGAUUCCCUCCUCCCUCAAAUUAGCUUGACUAUCUGGAACAUUCUGGUAAAUUUGUUGGGAGGUAUAGGCAGCUUCCAUGGUAUGGGGCUGAUCUGGGAGCUGGAGGAUCGUCUGAAAUUAGUUGCAUUUGCUAUUGAGGUGAUGCUUGUUAUGUGCUGUAUGAAGGGCGUGUGCACGAUUGGAACCAAGAAUGAAAAGGUUUCAUUGAUAUUAACGUAUGUGUUUGAAUAAAGCUUAAUUUCACUUCUUUUUGCACGUGUCAUUGGCUGGUGUUUCAGAUAACAGCUGAUAGGGCAUGCCAUCAGCCUACCCACCCCCCACCACCGCCUUGUAAGCUGUCCCCUGCACUAAAAAUAGUCCACAUAUAAAGUAGACUGCACAUUAACACUUUGUAUCACUGUGCUGCCUGGUGUAUGAACAUCUCUCUCUCUCUCUCUCUCUCUCUCUCUCUCUCUCUCUCUCUCUCGGGUGUCUCUGAUUGAAAAUUUCUCAAUACGAAUCCCCCUUACCCAACUUUAGACGUCUUCCCUUUGUCGAAUGCACCCACCCCUCCGACUAAUGCACGUAUGGAUUAUUCAUAUAUCUGCCAGCUUGCUGCUUUGCCGAUGCAGUAACUGAAGAGCAUUACAUAUACCAGGGAGGCCGAUCUAUCUGAUUGGUCCAGCCAAGUACUGCAGAAUUUAGUUAGGUGAUUAUAGCCAUAUCUAGGUCGUGUAUGUUACUAGGAGACUGGUAACUAGCUUUGACACCCAGACUCUUCUCAGUGUGGAUUGUUGGAGGAGAGGGGGGAGAUUUAACUACAUUACUAUGAAAAGAUUAAGGGGGGUUGGGUUUGGUCCCAUUGGCUGAAUGCCAACCCAGUGUGCCUUACCCAGCCAAUCAGAGAGAGCCAGCCAUAAAGCGCUCAUUAGGUACUCCACUGGGUGAGGUGUUUGUUCAAAAGGUCCCAAGCCAACGAAGACACAAGACCGGUUAAGAGAGGGACAGAAAAUAAGAUCAGCAAGCGUCCCGGCAGCCGGAGCGAAGCACACCGUCUAGAAGAGGAAAAUGAGUGAACUGGACCAGCUACGCCAGGAGGCUGAGCAGCUCAAGAACCAGAUCCGAGAUGCCAGGAAAGCUUGUGCAGAUGCUACCUUGUCUCAGAUCACAGCAAACAUCGACCCCGUCGGGCGCAUCCAGAUGCGCACCAGAAGAACGCUGAGGGGACAUCUGGCCAAAAUCUACGCCAUGCACUGGGGCACGGACUCUAGACUCCUAGUCAGUGCUUCCCAGGAUGGGAAACUGAUCAUCUGGGACAGCUAUACUACAAACAAGGUGCACGCCAUCCCACUGCGUUCCUCCUGGGUCAUGACCUGCGCGUACGCCCCCUCCGGGAACUACGUGGCGUGUGGUGGUCUGGACAACAUCUGCUCCAUCUACAACCUGAAGACCCGCGAGGGCAAUGUUCGUGUGAGCCGCGAGCUGGCCGGACACACAGGUUACCUGUCCUGCUGUCGUUUCCUGGAUGACAGCCAGAUUGUCACCAGCUCUGGUGACACCACCUGCGCCCUGUGGGACAUCGAGACCGGGCAGCAAACGACCACCUUCGCCGGCCACACCGGUGACGUCAUGAGCCUCUCUCUAGCCCCCGACUCCCGGCUAUUCGUGUCCGGCGCCUGCGACGCCUCCGCCAAGCUGUGGGACGUGCGGGAAGGCAUGUGCCGGCAGACCUUCACCGGCCACGAGUCCGACAUCAACGCCAUCUGCUUCUUCCCCAACGGCAACGCCUUCGCCACGGGUUCAGACGACGCCACCUGCAGGCUGUUCGAUCUGCGCGCCGACCAGGAGCUCAUGGUGUACUCGCACGACAACAUCAUCUGCGGCAUCACCUCCGUGGCAUUCUCCAAGAGCGGCCGACUGCUGCUGGCUGGAUACGACGACUUCAACUGCAACGUGUGGGACACCCUCAAGGCUGACCGUGCAGGUGUCCUGGCCGGCCAUGACAACCGCGUCAGCUGCUUGGGCGUCACCGAUGAUGGCAUGGCAGUGGCCACCGGGUCCUGGGACAGCUUCCUCAAGAUCUGGAACUAAAGCUUGCAGACAGCAUCCGGACUCCAAAGUUGACUGGAACUCCAUUCCAACAUCAAAAUGUUUAAAUUUCAUUGCAUAUCUCAAACGCCACAAUGAAACUGACUCAGACAUCCCCAAAACCACAAAAAAAGGCAAAAUGACACCUUUCUCAUUUAAAAACAAAAAGAGCACAAUUAUUUAUCAGUUGGCUAUAAGAGAAAAUUAACCGAAGAAUUGUGGUGUAAAAUGAAAUGAAAUGUGCGUUUCCUCCAGGGACCAUUCAGUGGUAGCGCCUUGAAAUCAGAAGCGGAAACAAACACUAUAACCCCUGCAAAUGUAUCAUGUAUCUUCAGUUCAAAUGUUUGAGUGAAAGUAAUUAUGGAAAAAUCUAACUUGGUAGUUUUUUUUUAGUCUUUUUGUUUGUUUGUUUUUUUUUUUUCUUCAAAGAAUUUAGAUUGAACUGAUUGCUUCUUUAAACGAGGAUUAAAGGCUUUUCUUUUAUGUCCUAGUCUGUGGAGAUUUUAGAACUGAGUUUGUAGAUUGAAAAUAAAAGGUAUCACUUGCCGUUUUUAAUCCAGCUUUAUCCACGUGAGAAAUAUGACCAUGCAAACGGAGAAGAAAAAUAGCAAAAAUAUAAACUUCACCGGGGAUCAGUGACCGACUUUUUUUUGGGGGCGGGGGGGGGGGGGGGUUCAGUUCUGUAUAUUUAGGCUUGGGUUAUUUUCCCACUUUCUCUCUUUCUGUCUUGUCACCAAUCUUUGUUUGCACAAAAAAGUAACUCAUCGUCUGUAGGAUAAUGUUGGAAAUGUUAACUAACCAAGCACACGCUGUAAUGAGAAUGAAUGCUUGUUUUUAAAACAGACAAAACCAUUUUAACCAUUUUCUCACCACCUCCUGUUGGGUAUUGUGGAGUAAUUACAUGAAGAUUAACCCCAGUUUUUCAUUAUUAUUAUUUCUUUUUUGUUUUUUUUGUUUUUUUGUUCUCAAAGGUGGACUUGGGUGGGGCUUGUGGGUGGGGUGGGUAGCGGUGAUGGGGUGGGUGGAGUCAUAGUUUUUCCUUUAUAUCCCGGGUUACAUUCCGGAGUUUCCUGUUCAGAGGCGGCCAUUCCGUGCUUGAAAACGCAGUUCCUACUCUGUGAAUGAAAUGUUGUAUAAAUCAAUGUUUGAAAAUAAUGAUACUGAAACUUUCUAAGUUAAAAUUUUAAAAAAUUUCUUUUUGUCUGCCAUGGGUGGGUUAACCCUUAGAAUCGCAUGCUGUAGAAUUGCUUAAAAAGUGCAUAUGGAAUUAAGUCCUUUGAUGUUUUUCUUUGAGAAAAUAACCUGUUAAAACUGUCAUUACCGCUGUAUUUAUAUUGUUUUCCCUCUUUGUUUUGGCUCCUCUUGUGCCAGGGAGACGUAAAUACAUUAACCACAAAUUCAUGGUUAAGAAGGAACAUUCCCACUUAGAAUCCUUAAUGUCUGGAUUGAUGCUUGAAGAAAGGAAUGAAAAUAAGGCGUCUGCCCCGAUUCUACACAGACCACUUUGGAACAUGCGUGUGCACAGACGUAACACGCAGGCAUACGCACUCGCACAGACGUAACACGCAGGCAUACGCACUCACACAAGACACAAGAACAAAAACAUUGAUUCAUUCUGUAGCAGCCUUUUUCCAGAAACGACGAAAUUUACUAGAAUUAUUUUGUAACAGGUUUUUUUCUGGCUUUCUUUAAUACAAAUAAAUGGGGGAAAAAUAAUUAAAAAAAACCUUGGAACAUCUGAAUGGCAAACUUUUUCAUUCUGUAGUUUCCCUAAUCACUGUAAAAACAGAAGCUCUUUUAGCAGUAGUGGUCUUUUCCUUUUUUUUUUUUUUCCUCUGCGACAUUCUGUACAAAAAAGAUGUGCUGUAAUCGUGCGUUAGGCCUGGAGGUGGCAAAAAAUAAAUAAAAUAAUAAAAAUUAAGUUCCCUUUUUCGUUUUCUCUAUCCAUGAAAUAACUGUAGAAAUCUGCUCCACUCUUGUCCUUUUUCAUCUUUUGUAUUUAAUUUUCAAGUCAGUGUACUACAGAAAGCUGGAUGCAAGAUAGAAACUAUAUUAAAAUGUACUGUUAUUUAAGAUGUAAUAAAAAGCAGUUUGAGAUGA